AGAGCUGCCAGGAAGUGCGAUAUAAAAUAUUUAAAAUAAUCUCAGUCAAGUGGAGAAAAAAUGCCCCCAAUGGGGGGAAAGAUCCUUAAAAUCAUGAGCGUCAGUUCAGUUCCCAGUUGAAGGAGUAACGGUGCCCCAUGGGCACGAAGUGACUUCGGUCCGGCACGUUCGGCAGAUCACGAAGACCACUUCUACUGUAUUCUGGUCUCCCCUCAGAAAGCCCUACUGUUAGUAUAAAUGGCCGCCGUGACUCGUUCACCAAUGUGUCAAAGCUCUUUUAAUUUUCCAUCUGUGUUACGUGCCACUAAAAUGCUCGUCUAUCUUUCUUGGCCCCAAUAUUGGCCGUUAGUAAGUGUAGUGUGGCUCGUGCUAAACAAAAAUUUUACAGUCAAGUCUUAUAUUUCCGGUGAGAAAGAGACACGAUAUAUAUGAAGAGCUGUGAGCGCUGCUGGUUGGUGAGCGGGAUCGUCUAGUUGCCAGUUUGAGUUUUGCGUUUGUUAGCCACUGGUCGGGUUGUUGUGUUUGAUAUAAGAAAAUUACACAAACAUGAGUAAUUGUGAAUUACAACGACAUACCAGUGAUCAUUGUGAGUACAAAAAUUGUUGACUACGUGAUAGACUCAUUGUUCACUGUUGUCAUAAGUGCUAAUGAUUCAUCUGUGGUUUUAUAAUAUGAUAUAGUGUUUGAGAACCUCUGAAUACGAUGCAACAAGUGGAUACGAGAGACUGAUCCGUGAGGUAUUAUUUCUACUUGCAGAAGCGUGAUUUCUCCAGUGAAAAAUUGUUCUUCAAAUAGUUGGAAAUAUUUUUCAAUUAUUUUCAUUAAUAUUCAAUGCACCAAUGGAGCGUUACUCUAGUCGCAGUUGAGGAUAAUUACAAAUAGUGAAUCAUCACUGGGUGUAUAUCAAUCAGUCCGUGUUUGUCCUCCAAUAACAUCGCUCCUCCCACGACGUUGACUCAAGUGUCCCUAGGAAUUCGUGAAUUAAUCGGACCGGCGAAUUCGCCUAGCGUGAACACGAGGAGUCCAACCGGAGCGCCGUUACUUUCAUUUUUAUAUUUUUUUUUCCUCGUUGUCUCUCCCUCCAUCGCGGAGAGAUUGGAUUUUUUCGGGAGAUUAUCCAAGAGGUAACGAUUGGGACAAGCCAGACACUGGAAGAACUAGUUUUGCUACGAGUGAAUUAUCAGUUGACGGAUACCUGGACAACCCAAUGCAGAUAGAAUCGAGAGAAUUAUUUUAUCACAUGUGCUCAAUGGGAAAACUGAUACGCUCCAGUUAAGUGGGGAAGAAAUUACUUAAAAUAUGUGUGAGGAGAAAAGCUACGGAUCUCACGAUCUUUCGCAAAUGGAUUAGUGUAGUCCGGAUAAAUAUUACGCGGAUGAAAAUGGAAACGGAGACAGUUACGGAGGAGGGAGAGAGUCAAUUGACCUCUUCCUGUUGCUUCAAAGUAUUCGAGUACCUGAGAAAUAGAAACAAAAUUGGACCAGGAAGAGUGGAGUUACCAGAGUGUGACUUUUUCAUUGUCGAAACUCGACGAACACUUCGUGUAUUACGUCCAACUCCCAAGAGCAGUGGAUUUUAUGAAUUACCCUGUGAGCGACCUGAAUCCAUUCACGAGAAUUUCAUUUCACGUUGGACAAAACGGCCCCAUUCAUCGGGCAACUGUAGGUGCUCCUUCCGUCAAUCAUCGCGAUUCAGUACGAAUGAGGAGUGCAUGAUUACGGCUGAGAUUAAUCGGAUUAGAACGAGUCUUGUCGAGGCAGAGAAGAGCGGUCACAAUAUUGAUGAGAUUGAGCAGAGGCUGUCAGUGAACCUGAACGGCCUCAGUUCGCCGAUAACAGCGGAGCCGAGGAGCCAGGUGGACCAGAAAUUAGCGGAAAUUGCCAAUGUUGGACCGGCAACAGGGAAUCGCGAUGUCGACGACCUAGCGAUUAAGAAUAAAAUUGUUAAGGAUCUCGAGAAGUACAUUGAUGUUCUUCUUGAAGAGGUAUUGAAUGACUCCAUGAAGUUUAUUAAUCACGCGGAUGAUGCAUUGAGGAAGAGCAGAAAGGUACUCGAGGAGGAUAAGGACGUAAAUUUGUCAGAAGUCACGAGUUUAAAAAAAUCUUUAGACAUCAGUUUUGCCUUUCCCGCUGAUAAAGUACUCGAGGGGACAUCAAUCAUAUGCAAUAACAACGUUGAGACUGGUGGGUACGUCAACGAAUCCUUUGUUGGUACUCAACAGGAUCCCGACUGUAUUGAUUUCGAUCUGAGAAAACCAAUUGCCGGUGAUGGAGAUCUUGAGAAAUUAGACUGCAUCGAUUCCGGGAUUAACAGUGUUGAAACAGUUGUGUUUCAACCGGAACCGGAACUCAGUCUCGAACAAUCGCUGAUGCAAAUCAUAGACGCUAAGUUUGGUCGAGGGCCUGUGGGAACGAGCUGGGAGGAUGUCGAUAAUCCUAGUACAGUCAAUGAAAAGGUGGCGGAAGACGAGGAAAAUAGUAACGGAGAACUUCAUUCAAUAUCCAACAAUCCACAGUUCCCAAACAUCGAUAUAAGAAUCGCGGGAUCACUUUCAUCUGUCGACGAGGAGACCGACUCCAAGUCAUCGGUUAUUCUCGAGAGCCUCGAGGACCCCAUAAUCGAGACUAAAUUCGACGGAUGCCGGCUGGAACUUCGAGAUUCGAGGUCUUCAACUCUCAAAGAGGAGCCGCCAAAAAAGCCAAAUGCCGUUGUCGUUCUGUGCGAGAAGUUCACCUCGAAGAUCAGCAAUUCCUGCAAGAACCGAGACCCCAAGAACCCGUCAAACAGGGGGAAAAAAUCGAAGCAGGAGCCCGUUGAAAUGCGAGACUACCGAGCAACGAUGAAGGGUUGCCCUCAAUCUCCUCCAGUCCUGGAAACUCCAGACAGUGACUUGGUGAUUUUUCGAAGAAAUAGAAAGCCCAUUAUAGUCUUCAUUCACGGAUUCGGUUCAUCCGCUGAAGUAUUCGAGCCCCAACUCGAGUAUUUCACACAAAUGGGCUAUCCAUGCAUUGCACCUGAAAUGUUGGGCCACGGCAUGAGCUCAGCACCAACGCGAUCCGGGGAUUAUCGUUUCGACAGACUACUGGAGGACUUCGAGGCUGUCCUGGAGCACUACGCCUUCAGGCCUGGUCAUAAGUGUGUCCUGGUCGCCCAUAACUACGGGUGCAGUUUUGCAACGGCGUUGGCAGCUAAAUAUGACAAGGAAAUUCACCAGUUGGUUUUGAUAUCUGGGGGUGGACCAACACCAUUAGCACCGCCCAGUAGAGAAGGGACUGGACACUUGUGUCUAAGGGCAAUGCUCUCACCAUUAUUGAUGUGUGGUGCUCAUCGUGAUAUUCUGUACUCACCGAGGGGUAGACAACAUCCUUAUUGUGGGAGUGAGAGUGAGGAGCAAUGGCCAUCGCAUAUGAGGUAUAUUUUGGAUGGUAUGAUUUGGCCGGAAGGUGAUUAUGUUUUCCAUAGAAGGAUUUGCACACCUACGUUGCUUAUACAUGGACUCAGGGACAAUAAGGUGUCACUCGUGCAAGAAUGUCAGAUGGAGAGGACGGUCAUGAAGGCUUUUUUGGAAGCAAUACCCACCGCCGGACACAUCCCCAUGACUGAAACCCCGGAGCAAGUCAAUCACAUGAUCCACUGCUUCAUUGACUUGUGGACGAAAAAAAAGUGGUGAUUAUGUGCUAAAUGAAAUUUUAGAUAAUU